AGUGUUGCUGUCAUAUCUUGUCAUAAUAAAAUUCAUGCCGAUGACAAAUCGCUUUUUAUUUUGAAGUUUGUUUGUUAAAAUUGCAAAUAAUAAACAACUAUUUUUGAAAUCAAAAUUACAAAAACAACUUCGAAAUGGCGUCUGAUCCACUGUUUGGGUGGGACCUCACUUUCAAGACUGUUGAGAGAGAUGUGAAGAGAAAGUCUGAUGUUAUCAUUGCUUUUAUCCAUUGGAAUCUUACAAAAAGAGGUUUUCGAAAUAUUGGUAUCGGUGACGAGCGAACUUUGUCUGGAGAUGAAGAAAAAUCAGAACUACUGCCUACAGGUUGGAAUGAUAAAGAGAAUUACACCUUAAGAUAUAUUCUUGAAGAAAAACUAUACAUUCUACAUGGGUUGAAUACUGAUGGCAAUCUUAUUGUGAAUUUAAUGAGGUCAGAAGACUUAGCGGUCUCCAAUAUUGCUGUUAAAUUGGAAGAUAGUGUUAAAGAGACUAGUGGCACCAUAGAAAAGCUGAUGCCGAACUACAAGGAACUAAUGUUUAAUAUCAAAAGAGAUCUUAUUGAUACUAUCACUGAACGAUCUACAACUACUGCAGAAACUCAGACAUCAAGAAGUGAUUCUAACAACAGAAGACCUUCAGAUGAUCCCUUAAGAAUUCCUCCACGGCCAUUGCCGGGCGUACAUCCUGACACACCUGACCUAUGGGACUUGCCGCCAGCAGGUAUGCCAAACAUAGGGCGAUCAGAUUUGGAUCCAUUUGCGCCGAGUGGCGGGGGUAUGAUAUUUAAUCCAUUCGGGCCGAGAGGGAACCCUGAAAAUCCAGGCCUUGGCAUACCUGGGGGACUGCCUAGAGGAGCAGUACCGCCUGGUGCAAGAUUUGAUCCAUUCGGUCCACCUGGAGUCCCCAUGCCCGGCAGAAGAGCGCCACCACCUGACGCAGACCAUUUACCUCCACCCGGUUUUAACGACAACAUGUUCAUGUAACAUACCCCAAGCAACUAAUGUUUAAUAAAGUUGUUUCUGUAUAU